GGCGACUCCCUUUAGAACACCAGUCAGAUUCAACCGCUCAAUGCCCGACACGCCAAUGUCGGACGACCAGCAAUUCCACACGCCCAGCGAAAGGCUGGCGACGCCCAAGGGCAAGUGGAUAAACCCAGACGCGCAAAAGGUGCUGGACGACCGGGCGCAGCAGCCGGGCGAGGCGCAGAGCGCAAAGCGGCUGCGAGCGAACGUGCUGUUCCUGGCCGGGCUCGGGGCUCUGUCGCACACGGGCGCAUUGGGCAGCCUGAAGAGCUGGCUUGGCGGGGGCACGGCGGUUGAGACGGUGUGGUCGGUGGUGAAGUGGGUGGUGCUUACUGGGCUGGCGUACAACAUCGGGGAGGCGAUGUGGUAUCUGAUGCAGCCAAAGAACGAAUACACAGGGCUGGCGAUGACGCCCGCACAGCGGCGCGGCAUAGGGCUGGAUACGAAUGUGAAGGGGAUGUCUGCUGCGCAGCCGGUGAGGGCGCCACAGAUGACCCCGGCGCGGGUGAUGCCUAUGGGGCGCGAGCCAGGCACCGGCGGGCUGGGGCAGAAUGGAACAGCUCCGCUGACGGUGCGGUCGCAGCCGGCAGUUGCACUGCAGGCAACUAGGGAAUGCCGGGCGCCUAAGCAGAGCACGGUGGGCAAGGGCACGGCUAGGGAUAUAUUUGCUGACGCUAGCAGCAACCUGUUUGCCAGCCGCCCUGCUCCAGCAGCAACCGCUCUGUUUGCGGGUGCGUCGUCAUCGUUGGCGCCGGCGCAGGCUCAGCCGGCGCAGGCAGCGGCAAUUGGCGUAUACCAGACGGCGCCGCCGGCACUGCGGCCCAAGGCCAAAGACGGAGCCAAGGGCAGCGGCAAGGACAGCGCGGAGGGCGAUCUGGAGUACCUGGAGCCGCUCGGCGUGCUGGAGUCACUGGGUGUGGAGCACCAGAUCACGGACUGGGUGGAGAACAUGCACGUGUGGUUUGUGCGGCACCUGCUAGCGCCACUGGCCACGCAGAUGGCGGACCUGGACGCUGUGUUUGAGCAGAACGCCAUGGGCCACUUGUCCUGCCGCCAGGCGGUGAUGGACUAUGCGGCACUGGAGCAGGCGCAGAGCGCAGUGGCCAACCCGCCGGCGUCGCGGUUCAUUGGGUUCCAGAGCACCGCGAGCCAGCCGCAGGGGCCGCCGCAGACCCUGGUGGACCUACAGAUGCGUUUUGGCGAGACGCCGCUGGGCAAGGAGCGGCUGGUGCUGGAGAAGUACCUGCAGGUGCCUGGCGCCAAGAGCCGCGAGUACGUGGUGAGCCGCGUGCGCGAGCUGGCGCAGAGCGGCGCUAUGCCCGCGUACCGGUUUGACGGCGGCGGCAGCUACACGGACGACCAGGGCGUCGAGCACGCGUGGAAUCAGUCGCUGCAUCCGACCGACGCGCAGCUGCUGUUCCACCUGUUCUGCACGUUCCUGGACAACGCCGUGUCGCCGGUGCAGAAUGUGCGGCGGCCGUUCACCGACCGCUACGUAUUGGAUAUCGCGACUAACCAGCCCAACGCGAAUCUGCCUGCGCAGAUCGUGCAAGUGUCGCGGCGCCGCCCGCACUUUUGCCUGGUCGUCAAGAACGUCUGCUGGGACGUCAUGGCCAGCCGCAACAACCUGUUUAUUGCGCUGGUGUUGUUUGUCAUCCAGAUCGACCGCGAGUGCGCUGGGUUCCUGGGCGUCACCAACCUGGGCGGCAAGUACGUCGACUUGGUGUCGGUGAUCAGGAACUGACGCGCCUAUUCACGCAGGUUGUGUUUCAGUUAUCAUUGAAAAAGCCAAAUAAAAGAAAUCCGUC